GUUUAAAGAAUUUUUUCGUAUAACUCGUAAUCAAUUUAGUUAUAUAUUGGAGCUCAUCCAAGACGAUAUUACAAUGAAACCUUACAACCGCGUCAAGCAUCCAAUAUCACCAGGGGAAAAAUUGGCAUUAACACUAAGGUUUCUUGCAACAGGGGAAUCUUACAGAUCCUUAUCAUUUGCAUAUCGAAUAUCCCACAGCUACAUUAGCGUGUUUAUACCAAUCGUCUUACAAACUUUAUGUAAGAAACUAAUGCCAAUUUUACUUCCACCACCUUCAGAAAUGGAUUUGAAACAAAAGGCAGAAGAGUUUUGGAAUCGUUGGAACUUUCCCAACGUUAUAGCUGGCAUUGACGGAAAACAUGUGCGAGUUAUGGCUCCAGAUAACAGCGGCUCACUUUUUUUUAAUUAUAAAAACUAUUUUUCCAUAGUGCUGUUGGCUCUUGUUGAUGCUAAUUACAAGUUCCUAUACGUAGACAUUGGAUCAUAUGGAAAAGAAGGUGACGCAGGAAUUUUUGCCAAAUCUAAGAUUGGGAAACAAAUUUACGGCGAUAAGUUCAAUUUCCCCUUACCUGCGUUACUUCCCCGUUCCAAAAACACUAUUCUACCGUAUGUGAUUCUUGGAGAUGAUGCAUUUAAGUUAGACAAACAUGUAAUGAAACCUUACCCAAAAAAGCAAAUUUUCGAGGAUCCAAAGAAAACAAUUUUUAAUUACCGACUGUCUCGGGCUAGAAGAGUCACAGAAAAUGCUUUUGGUAUACAUUGUCAUGUAUUUAGAAUAUUCUUUUCUCCUAUAAAUGUGAAACCCAAUACUGUUGAUCUGAUUGUUCUUACCUGUUGUUGUCUACGUAACAUGUUGCGUACCGAAUACAUACUAAAUAACCAACGCGAAAUAUUCGUACGAGCAGCGAAGUUUUCGUUGCGAUAUUGUCGCCGGCUAGACCGUACACGGCGAUAAAUGCAAGGUCCCACAUUGACGCGAAUGUUUGGCGUCUUCAAUAGUACGUGUCUGCGAAACUGCAGCGAUUUUAUUUCUAGUCAUUGCGUGCACGAUUUUUGUCACUA